AUGAAGAAUUCUUCUGAACUUCCCAAGACUUUUGAGGGCUCUGUGGACCUCGGUAUUAUCGGAGGUACUGGUCUCUAUCAACUAGAUUGCCUGAAAGCUAUCGCCAUUCUGCCAGCAAUGGUAACACCUUGGGGUGUGACAUCCUCACCUAUUACCAUAUCCAAGGUGAUUGGAGACUCGCAGGAGCACUUUCAUGUGGCCUUUAUCUCGAGACAUGGCCUCCACCAUCAGUAUUCGCCAUCGUCCGUUCCUUUCAGAGCUAACAUGGCCGCUUUGAAACACUUGCAAUGCAAGGCUGUUAUGUCUUUCAGCGCAGUUGGAUCUUUGCAGCAACAGAUCAAACCACGCGAUUUUGUUUUGCCGCAACAAAUCAUUGAUAGAACCAAAGGUAUUCGAGAAUCGUCAUAUUUCAACGACAUUGGGCUCGUGGGUCAUGUUGGGUUUGGAGAACCCUUCUCAAAAUCUUUUGCCCAAUACAUCGGGCAGUUUGGAGACGUUUUGAAAAAUUCAGAUUCGGAAGAACCUUGUGAACUUCAUGUUGAUGAUGACACCACAGUGGUUUGUAUGGAGGGACCCCAGUUUUCCACGCGCGCUGAGUCUAAAAUGUACCGUAUGCUAGGUGGCGACGUAAUCAACAUGAGUGUAUUGCCAGAGGCUAAAUUGGCUCGUGAGUGUGAGCUUCCUUACCAAAUGGUGUGUAUGUCAACUGAUUACGAUGCUUGGAGAGAUGAAGCUGAGCCAGUCACAGUGGAGACUGUCAUUGGUAAUUUGCAAAACAACAGUGCAAAUGCUAAUGCAUUGGCAUCAACCAUCAUUACCCACAUGUCCAACGAAAUCCCCAAUUUCAUGCUCACUGGGGAUGGACUCAAGGGUUCAGUCAAAAUGAGCAUAUCGACCAAACCAUCCGCUAUGUCGAAGGAAACGUUGAGCAAAUUAGAGUUUUUGUUUCCCGGUUAUUGGUAG